CGCCAUCUGUAAGAUAACGUUUGUUCCAAACGUGUACGACAGUGCAGUCGUGUCAAUCGAGUUGCGUUGAAAAGUAAAGAUGGCAAGUGUAAUAAAUCCAAUUAUUACACAAGCGUGUGAAAAUGUUACGGAAAAAAAUAAUGGAACUUCUCCUUCAACUCCCGAAGGAAUAGCCAUAGCUUAUGGGAGCCUUGUAAUAAUGGCAAUAUUACCUAUUUUUUUCGGUAGCUUUCGAGCUGUUAAACACCAUAAGGAGCAGCAGCAACAUUAUAAAGCAAAUGGUGAACAACCGGACACAAUGUCUCUUAUGGAAGCAGCAAUGUUUCCUGUAAUUUCCAGCUUUACGUUAUUUAGCUUAUACAUAUUAUAUAAGAUAUUUACAAAGGAAUACGUGAAUGUAAUUCUAGCUACUUAUUUCUUCUUUCUUGGAAUCCUAUCUUUGUGUCAUCUUACAAGUUCUUUAAUUUCUUCAUUGGUUCCGGCUGUGAUUCCAAAAACUCCGUAUCACAUUCAAUUCACUAAAGGAGAAAACGAUAAUACCGAGCAUAUUAUUAAUUAUAAAUUUAACCUUCACGAUAUUGUUUGUUUAAUUUGUUGUUCAAUGGUUGGCGCUUGGUAUCUUUGGAAAAAGCAUUGGAUUGCCAAUAACUUAUUUGGAAUUGCGUUUGCAAUUAACGGCGUUGAAAUAUUACAUCUUAACAACGUUGUUACUGGAUGCAUUUUACUUGGUGGUCUUCUUUUCUAUGAUGCCUUUUGGGUAUUUGGUACAGAUGUAAUGGUAACAGUAGCGAAAUCAUUUGAGGUGCCAAUGAAACUCGUUUUUCCACAAGAUCUUUUAGAAAAAGGUCUUAAUGCAGAAAACUUUGCAAUGUUAGGUUUAGGCGAUAUCGUUAUACCCGGAAUUUUUAUAGCUCUUUUAUUGAGGUUUGAUAACAGUUUGAGCAGAAAAAGAAAUGUAUAUUUUUAUGCAACGUUUUUUGCUUACUUCAUGGGAUUACUCAUAACAAUAUUAAUAAUGCAUUUGUUUAAACACGCACAACCUGCUCUGUUAUAUCUGGCACCUGCUUGUCUAGGAACGCCAUUAUUACUAGCAUUAGUCAAAGGAGACCUUAAAGCUUUAUUUUCAUAUGAAGAUCACCCUGCUCAGCCAAAGAAUAAUACAGUACAACAAUCAGAACAGACAACGCAAACUCAAGUAGAAACAGCAAAAGAUAAAUAAAUUUUCCAACCACCAUAAGUAAUAUGACAUUUCUGUUAUGUUACUAUUGGUUAUUUCACAAAUUCAUUAUAAAUAGAAAAAAAGACAUGUUUUUUCUAUAAUUCUUUAAUCUACCUUGCAUAUUGAUUUAAUUUAUUUUUACAAUAUAUGCAAGUUGUGGAUGCUGUGAUGGCACAAAAAUCAUUUCAUUAAUCAAUCAUUCGGUACAUAGCAAGGAUUUGCAUUUAUUGUGCAACUAUUCCUAUAUGUAAUUACAUUUGUAAAUUAUAAUUGUGACUUAUAACGAUUCUUUAAAAUUGUA